UCCACGUGUGGAAUGAAGUUGAAUGAGUUGCAACUUUUAAAAUGUGAAGGGAAGGGUACGUCAUGCAAAUAGCUUUGAUGACCUGAACAGAGACUUUCAGAUUUCAGAUCCACUCACUGGAGAAGACUUUUUAACAUGGAGCCAGCCCAAGCAGCAGUAGCAGAGAUGAUGGAUGAAACCCUGGAGGAGUUCCAGCGAGUCCUGGAUGACCUAGCCAUGGACAGGGGCAACAGCGACAUCUACCUGCAGUACGAGCGUCUCUUCAACGCACUGAAGAAAUCCCACGCAAACGAGAAACGGCUCAUGACCAACAGCAGGGAGCUGAAUGAGUUGCUCAGCGUUAAAGUGGACAUCGCCGUGCAGAUGUCGAAGGAUUAUGAGAAGUCCUUCUUUUUCCUGAGGGAGGAGCUAGACAAAGCGUGGAAAAUGAUCGAAGCGUCUCAUAACACGGAGAAGAAGGACAGAGAGACCAUCCGCAACUUAAAAGAGGAAGUCGCAGGACUGUCGAAACAGGUUGAAGACAAAAGCAGUCAAGCCUUGGAGAAAAGUCUCAGCGAUUUACUUGAGAUAAACCAGGAGCUGACCCAUGAGAGGGAUGAGCUGCUGAGAAACGUGGAUGAACUCCAGGAAAAGAUCAGUAUUGCCACCGUGACGCUACAGAAGGUGAAGGCCGAAAGAGACAACGCCUAUAAACGGGUCCCUGAGCUGGAGAAGGAGAUGUUGGUGGUGCAGGACAGGAUCUCCCAGGAGUUGAAUUGGAGGGAACACCAGGACAAGGAGCUGGAGCAGCUGCAGGAGGACAACUCCAAGCUGAAGCAGGAGUGUGAGCAGUUGGUUUCAGUCAAGGAGGAGCUCACUCUGGAGAAUCAGCAAAGUGCAAAGCAACUAAAGAUGAGAGAAGAGGACAUGAUUCACCUGCGACAGGAGAUCGCCAAGCAGAUCAAGCUGAGAGAGGAGGUUCAGGCAACACUGUGUGAGAUGGAGGAUCACAGAAUUGAUGUGCAGGUGCAGAAGGAGACGAACAGAGCGUUGGUCGCUCGUCUGGAGAAAGAUCUUGAAUCGUCCCACAAACAAGUGGAGUCUGAGAGGAUGGAGGUGGAGGAGCUGAAGAGAGAAAAGGAAAGCAUGAUGAAGGCGCUUGAAGAACAGAAGAAUUGUUUGUCCUUCCUUGAGAUGGACAAGUCAGCCUUGAAGGAAGAGAUGCACAGCAUCCGCCAUGAGGAGGUGAAGCAGCGUCAGAUCAUCCAGCAGCUGGAAGAAGAAUGUGACCGUUACAUCAGUGAGAAAAAUAACCUCACGCAGCAGAUACGAGAGAAGAUAACUGCCAUGGAACUGAAGGACGCUGAGAUUCAGAGCUGGAAGACUAAAGUCUCACAGCAAGAGAGGCACCUGGAAGGCGUCACAUCUGAGAAGGACCUUUACAGCCAAAACUUAAAGGAGGCUCAGGAGGAGUUGCGAGUAGUGAACAUGCUGCUGGAGCAAACAAAGCAGCACGCCUGCAGGUUGAAGGCGGAGCUAAGGGCAGAACAAAAAGCAGAAAGAAAAGCUGAGAUGAGAGGUGCGCAAAAAGCCGAGAAACAAGUUCAGCGCAAAACUGUGCAACAAGUCCAACACAAGCCUGAGCACAAAACUGUGCAAAUAUCUCAACACAAUGCCGAGCAACAGGCUGAGCACAAAACUGUGCAAAUAUCUCAACACAAUGCCGAGCAACAGGCUGCUGAACACAAAGCUCAGCAGCGAGUUCAACACAAACCUGUGCAAGAGGCUCGACACCAUGUUGGGCAACAUGCUGAGGAAAAGGCUGAGCAACAAGAGGAAGAAGCUGAAGAAAAUAUUGAAUACAACGCUGGACACCCGGUUGAAGAAAAUGCAGAACAAAAAUCAGAGGAAACAAUGGAAGGAAAUUAUAUUAUGGACAGUGAUAUGGAUGAUGAGAAAAUGCAAGAAAGUCUGGACGAGUUCUUCGGCGAGCGGGACACUCUGCUGUCAAUGUUGCAGUGCCGAAACGAAGAGCGCACUCUGCUGUACGACAAGAUCAAGAUCCAUCAGUCCAUGUUAAAAAAAGGGAUGGUCCACCUCAAGAGGCAGAUGGAAGACAUCCGCCUUCUCAAGCUGGAGAUCCUCAACCAGCAAAACACUCGAGCCGACGAGAAGGUCCCCAACGCAGAGCAGGACCUGAGGCGAGAGCUGGUGCACAAGGAGAAGGAGCUGCUCCGAGAGAGGACCAGGAACACUGAACUCAGGGAGCAACUCAACUCCAUCAACUGUCACCGAUGGAGGCGACUGGAGGACAGUGACCCGGAGAAGUAUGAACUCAUCCAGAAAAUCCAGGGUUUACAGAAGCGCCUCAUCACUAAGACACAGGAGAUUGACAAGCAAUGCAACUUACUGCAGGAGAAGGACAAGCUGUACGUGGAGUUGAAGCAAGUUCUGUCUCGGAAGCCGGGGCCAGAAGCAGUCGAGCAGCUCAACCAGCUGCGAUGGUCCUUGAAAGACAAGUCCAAGAAAGUCCAGACGCUGACACAGGAGCUGAAAAUGCUCGAGUCGAGGAUCGACGCGUAUAAAAUCGAGAAUCAGAAGUUGACCGCUGAGCUGCAGAGUUUUAAGAAGAAAAACGUCAGCAAGAUGAAGAGAGACAAGUGAAACUGGACAUUGUUGACUCGACGGUGAGGACAUGUCAGCAGGAGCUUGAAAACAGACAUCGUUCCAAGGAGCUCUAUCGUAUUGAGAUAGAACUCAGAGAAUGGAUGGUGUCGUGCCAGUCUGAAGACGGGCAAGAUCAAAGAUCUCCUGUUGUUUACUCCAAAUUCUGACCCAGAUGUUGAGAUUCAUGAGACCUGAUUUCCAGUCAUCCACUGUCUUAUUUCAGUGAGCCCGACACCUGCUGUGGUCAUCUGCUUCAGGGUUCGACAUGAGAUGGUGCGCAAUACACCAUGGUUGUAGUGAGUGUCUGAACAUGUGUACUUUAUAAAGUGGCCAGUGAGAGUACAAAAAUUCUUAUUCUUUAUUGGUUUUCUAUUACAAAAGAUCACAAAAUGCAAUAUUGAAUGUACAUUACAACUUGAAAAAAUAAAAUAAAAUAAACAAACCAACCCAUUACCCACACAUUCCCAAAAACAAUGAAUGAUCACGACAAUAUGGAGCUUUUGUAGAUGUUAUGAAGUUGAAAUAACAAUAACCACAAAUGUAAAAAAUAAAAACGCAAAAAAAAUGAAAGGAAAAAAACAAACCAUGAGAUAUUCAAAGGGAUUUCAAAGACUGAAAGAAUGAAUGAAAUUUUUAAUAAAAAAUUACUCAUAAAAAUAUUCCUCAUUUUGCUAUUUUUAUUUAAUUCAAUUCAUAUGACGACCACAUAAAUCAUAAAUAUCAUAAAUGUGUUCGAUCUUGUUCAUCGCAAUCAGAAAAAUAUGUUAAAAACUGCUGGUUACCUGCUUGCAACAAAACUAUUUUCAUCACAGAGACGGCGCAGGAUUCUCAGUGAGAACAAAAAGCCUCUCACUCUUCCCCACUGUCACCGGUGGAUCCUCUCCUCAGGGAGGAGCCGGCUGCUGUGAGGCUGGAGGUCCAGCUUCCGUGCUCUUGAGCCUCUGCUCGCUGUGGAGGGACGAAGAGCAGCAGGUCUUUUAAACAUGCUCAGUUCUACAACCCUUUGCUCGGCAGACACAAAGCCGAAAAACUCCUCUCUCUCUGCCGCCAUUAUUGACAAUUAUUCGAGAAGACAUCUAUUGAAUAUCUGUAGAGCUGCCACCUUCAUACC